AUGAUCACAAUCACAGUAGUCGAGAGGCGCGAUCAGUAUUUUUACAACCUUGGCACGCUGCGCUCUAUGGUCAAACCGGAACUCAUCGACCUUGUGUGGCUGCCGUACGACAACAUCUUCCGCUACCCGCACAACCGCGUUAUCAAGGGCGAAGUUACAGCCGUAUACCCGAACUCUGUGAUCCUCAAAAGUGGGCGCAAGAUGGACUUUGAUGCGCUUCUAGUGUCAACCGGGUCGAACUACCCGCCGCCGUGCAAGUAUGAUACCACGACGUCGAGCAUACAGGGAAAGGCCGAAAUGCACGUAUACGCGGAAAUUGUGCGGGUUGCCGACUCGAUCCUCAUUAUCGGCGGCGGCCCCACAGGCGUUGGUCUGGCAGCCGAGAUUGCCACCGAGUUCCCGAACAAGACCGUUAUUGUUGUGCACGCAGGCGAGCGGCUUUUGCCUUCGGAGAGCAACAGUGAGUCUAUGUCGCGCAAGGCAUACAAGAAGCUGAAGGCGCUGGGGGUCAAGGUGUUCCUCAACGAACGCGUGGUUAUUCCUGAAGAUCAGCCUCUGAAGUACCGCCUCGAGAGCCGCUGGCUGAAGACAAACAAGGGCCGCAUGCUGUUUUCAAACUUUCAGUUCCUCUGCAACGGAAUCACGUUCAACACAUCGCUAAUGGACACUCUGGAUCCCGUCUUCAAGCACAACAUUAUCGACGCAAAGUCCGGCCAAAUCCAAGUACUGCCGACCAUGCAGAUUAACAACCCCGAGCUACCAUGGAUCUUCUCGGCUGGCGAUGUGUGCAACACUGCCGGGGAGAAGCAGGCGUACCGCGCCGACAGCCAGGGCAGCCAUGUGGCAAAAUGCAUGGCCAAGAUGGCGCAGGCCUGGGGGCACGGCGACCCUAGAUGGUACAACGUUCCGCUCAAGCAGUGGCAUGACCCGGCGCAGUUUAUGGCUGUGGCAAUGGGUCCCAACUCGGGCGUUACCGAAACACCGUGGAUUGUACUUGGCGACCUACCCACACGCAUUAUGAAGAGCAGAGAGCUCUUCCUGCAGCGCCGCUACCGCGAGUUUAACCUUGAUUUCCCGGGCAUCCCUAAACGCGCCAAGACCACCAGUCGCAACCGCGGCGACGAGCAGCGCAUUGCCAGCCAGACUGUGCUCACUCGCGAGCAAAUGUCGGCUCCCAUUGUUUCUCAGAUCAAGGGCCCUCGCGUAUCUCGCCAGAAUAUUGAGCAGCAGCGCAUCCGCGCGCGCGGCGCAGUCACCACUGAUAUGGGUGCGACGAGCUACGAUUUGUCCAAGGCAAUGGCGCGGGCAGCAAUCUCGGCUGCCGAGAGCCUCGACGAGCAGUUUGACAGCGACCGCGUCUCUCUCAGCCAACCUUCCAGCCGCAGAACGCCAACUAACAAAGAGUCAAUCCCUUACGCUAACUUUUACUCCAGACAUCAGCGCUCUACCUCCAGCUCUGAGAUCUCGGAGAGAUGCCCGUCUGAUGAGGAGGAUGUGAACAAUAUAAUUUCCAGUCAUUCGCGCAACGUCAGCCAGUCUACAGACUCAAAGCCUCAAAGCGCUCAGGGGAGCACCACGGCCAGUGAGGGCGGCGGCAGCGUUUGCCAGCAGAGUGAGAUUACGAGGAUUUUGCCGGGCUACCAGAAUGCUGAAUCUGUGUGCUCAUCCUCGAGCGCGUCGGUAAUCACCUCGGGCACGUCCGAGUCCUCGAACUCGUCCAAGGCGCCGAGCUACACCAUGUCGUUGAUGAAUGGCCCCAUUCUCCCAAGACAUCACACCAAAGAGCGCAGCAUCUUUGGCGGGCGCUCGUUCUUCAAGUCGCACAACACCAUUCACGAAGACAGCCAUAGCUCUGCCAACGAGAGCACCGACGAGCAUGCGGCGCAUCCGCUUCCACAUAUAAACUCUGUGUUUUCCUCGUCGAUUUCAAAGCGCUCAGCCUCAAAUCUGUCUAUCAACCUCGAGCAGCUUAAUUAA